GGCAGCAGUGGCCGCGCCAGCCGCAGGAACACGGGCGAGAAGAUCAAGUACCGACUGGUGGCCGUGCCCCACGGCAAUGACAUCGCCUCCCUCUUCGAGCUCGACCCCACCACGCUGCAGAAGACAGACUCCUUCGUCCCGCGGAAUUCCUACGUGAGGCUGCGCCACCUCUGCACCAACACCUGGAUCCAGAGCACCAAUGUGCCCAUCGACAUCGAUGAGGAGAGGCCCAUCCGCCUCAUGCUGGGCACAUGCCCCACCAAAGAAGACAAGGAAGCUUUUGCCAUCGUCUCCGUGCCUGUGUCCGAGAUCCGGGACCUGGACUUCGCUAACGACGCCAGCUCGAUGCUGGCCAACGUGGUGGAGAAGAUGAACGAAGGUUUCCUCAGCCAGAACGACCGGAGGUUUGUGAUCCAGCUGCUGGAGGACUUGGUGUUCUUCGUCAGCGAUGUCCCCAACAAUGGCCAGAACGUGCUGGACAUCGUGGUGACCAAGCCCAACCGGGAGCGGCAGAAGCUGAUGCGGGAGCAGAACAUCCUGAAGCAGGUGAGUCCCCUGGGGCCCUGUGGGGACAGAGGUCAGGAAAGCCCCAUGGAGGAGNNGUCGGACCAGAAGAACGCUCCCUACCAGUACAUGUUUCGGCUGUGCUACCGUGUGCUCCGGCACUCCCAGGAGGACUAUCGCAAGAACCAGGAGCACAUUGCCAAGCAGUUUGGCAUGAUGCAGUCCCAGAUCGGGUACGACAUCCUGGCCGAGGACACCAUCACGGCGCUGCUGCACAACAACCGCAAGCUGCUGGAGAAGCACAUCACCAAGACCGAGGUGGAGACCUUCGUCAGCCUGGUGCGCAAGAACCGCGAGCCACGGUUCCUGGACUACCUCUCGGACCUGUGCGUGUCCAACCACAUUGCCAUCCCCGUCACCCAGGAGCUGAUCUGCAAGUGCGUCCUGGACUCAAAGAACAGCGACAUCCUCAUCAAAACAGAGCUGAGGCCGGUGAAGGAGAUGUCCCAGACCCACGAGUACCUGAGCAUUGAGUACUCGGAGGAGGAGGUCUGGCUCACCUGGACAGACAAGAACAACGACCACCAUGAGAAAAGCAUCCGGCAGCUGGCGCAGGAGGCUCGGGCUGGCAAUGCCCACGACGAGAAUGUCCUCAGCUACUACAGGUACCAGCUGAAGCUCUUUGCCCGCAUGUGCCUGGACCGCCAGUACUUGGCCAUCAAGGAGAUCUCCCAGCAGCUGGGAGUGGACCUGAUCUUCCUCUGCAUGGCAGAUGAGAUGCUGCCCUUCGACCUCCGCGCGUCCUUCUGCCACCUCAUGCUGCACGUGCACGUGGACAGGGACCCCCAGGAGCUGGUGAUGCCUGUGAAGUUUGCACGGCUCUGGACUGAGAUCCCCACGGCCAUCACAAUCAAAGACUACGACUCCAACCUCAACGUCUCGCGCGACGACAAGAAGAACAAGUUUGCCAGCACCAUGGAGUUCGUGGAGGACUACCUCAACAACGUGGUGAGCGAGGCCGUGCCCUUCGCCAACGAGGAGAAGAACAAGCUCACCUUCGAGGUUGUCAGCCUUGCCCACAACCUCAUCUACUUCGGCUUCUACAGCUUCAGUGAGCUGCUGCGCCUGACACGGACCCUGCUGGGCAUCAUCGACUGUGUGCAGAACCCCCAGCUGAUGAUGCAGGCAGUCUACAACGACGAGGUGACGGGGAAGAACGUGCGGAGGUCGAUCCAGGGCGUGGGGCAGAUGAUGUCCACCAUGGUGCUGAGCAGGAAACAGUCCAUCUUCAGUGCCCCAAGCCUCAGUGCUGGCUCUGCCCCAGAGCAGGUGGAUAGAGGGAGGAGCAUUGAGAAUGAGAACAUUGUGGUGAUGGAGACCAAGCUGAAGAUCCUGGAGAUCUUGCAGUUCAUCCUCAACGUGCGGCUGGACUACAGGAUUUCCUACCUGCUCUCCGUCUUCAAGAAGGAGUUUGUGGAAGUCUACCCCAUGCAGGACAGCGCGGCCGAUGGGACAGCUCCAGCCUUUGACUCCACAACCGCAGCCAUGAACCUGGAGCGGAUCGGGGAGCACGCGGAGGCGAUGUUCGGUGUGGGGAAGACGAGCAGCAUGUUGGAGGUGGAUGACGAGGGAGGGAGGAUGUUUCUGCGGGUGCUGAUCCACCUGACGAUGCACGACUACCCCCCACUCAUCUCGGGCUCCCUGCAGCUCCUCUUCAAGCACUUCAGCCAGAGGCAGGAGGUGCUGCACACCUUCAAACAGGUUCAGCUGCUGAUCUCAGCCCAGGAUGUGGAGAACUACAAGGUGAUCAAGUCAGAGCUGGACAAACUCCGCACCAUGGUGGAGAAAUCGGAGCUCUGGGUGGACAAGAAGGGCAGCAACAAAGGGGACAGCACAGUGGAUGGGAACAAGAAGGAGAAGAAGGAGCACACUGCCGACGAGGAGGUCAUCGCGCCGGGAGAGAAGAGCAGUGAGAACUACCAGAUAGUCAAGGGGAUCCUGGAGCGGCUCAAUAAGAUGUGUGGGGUCGGAGAGCAGGUGCGCAAGAAGCAGCAGCGCCUGCUGAAGAACAUGGAUGCCCACAAAGUGAUGCUGGAUCUGCUGCAGAUCCCCUAUGAGAAGGGGGAUGCCAAGAUGAUGGAGAUCCUGAAGUUCACCCACCAGUUCCUGCAGAAGUUUUGUGCUGGCAAUCAGGAAAACCAGGCCUUGCUGCACAAACACCUCAACCUGUUCCUGACCCCAGGGCUGCUGGAGGCAGAGACGAUGCAGCACAUCUUCCUCAACAACUGCUCGGAGAUCAACGAGACGGUGCCACAGCACUUCAUCCACUGCGUGGCCACCCACGGCCGCCACGUCCAGUACCUCGACUUCCUGCACACCAUCAUCAAGGCCGAGGGCAAGUACGUCAAGAAGUGCCAGGACAUGAUCAUGACCGAGCUCACCAACGCUGGGGAUGACGUGGUGGUUUUCUACAACGACAAGGCCUCUCUGGCCACCCUUCUGGAGAUGAUGACGGCGGCCAGGGACGGGGUGGAGGAGAACAGCCCCCUGAUGUACCACAUCUCGCUGGUGGACCUGCUGGCUGCCUGUGCCGAGGGCAAGAAUGUCUACACGGAGAUCAAGUGCACGUCCCUGCUGCCCCUGGAGGACGUGGUGCGGGUGGUGACCCACGAGGAUUGCAUCACCGAGGUGAAGAUGGCCUACGUGAACUUUGUCAACCACUGCUACGUGGACACAGAGGUGGAGAUGAAGGAGAUCUACACCAGCAACCACAUCUGGACUCUCUUUGAGAACUUCACCCUGGACAUGGCCCAGAUGUGCAAGAAGCGAGAGAAACGCCUGCCAGACUCCACCCUGGAGAAGUACGUGCUGACGGUGGUGCUGGACACCAUCAACGCGUUCUUCAGCUCCCCCUUCUCGGAGAACAGCACCUCGCUGCAGACCCACCAGACCAUUGUGGUGCAGCUUCUCCAGUCCACCAUGAGGCUGCUGGAGUGCCCGUGGCUGCAGCAGCAGCACAAGAGCUCGGUGGAGUCCUGCAUCCGCACGCUGGCCAUGGUUGCCAAGAGCCGUUCCAUCGCGCUGCCCAUGGACCUGGACGCCCACGUCAGCUCCCUGCUCAACAGCAGCUCCACCAGCACCGUGCAGAGGAACACCUCGAGCUACAAGGCCACCACGCGCGCCUUCCCCCGCGUCUCCACCACCCCCAACCAGUGGGACUACAAGAACAUCAUCGAGAAGCUGCAGGACAUCAUCACCGCCCUGGAGGAUCGCCUGAAGCCGCUGGUGGAGGCUGAGCUGUCCGUGCUGGUGGAUGUCCUGCACCGGCCAGAGCUGCUCUUCAUGGAGGGGACGGAGGCGUUCCAGCGAUGCGAGAGCGGAGGGUUCCUGUCCAAGCUGGUGCAGCACACCAAGGACCUCAUGGAGACGGAGGAGAAGCUCUGCAUCAAGGUGCUGAGGACACUGCAGCAGAUGCUGGUGAAGAGGAACAAGUACGGAGAGAGGGGCAACCUGCUGCGGAAAAUGCUGAUGAACAACUACCUGCAGAACAAGAGGUCCAGCUCCAAAGGGGAGAUGGUGGAUGCUGCUGGGGGAGGCCAGGACCAGGACUGGUCUGCCAUCGCCGCCGUCCAGUGCCGGCUGGACCGGGAAGGGGCCACCAAGUUGGUGGCUGACCUCAUCAUGAACACCAAGAAUGAGAAGAUCUUCCAGGAGAGCAUCCUGCUCGCCAUCCGGCUGCUGGACGGAGGCAACACGGAGAUCCAGAAAUCCUUUUACAACCUCAUGACGAGCGACAAGAAGUCAGAGAAGUUCUUCAAGGUUUUGCACGACCGGAUGAAGAAGGCACAACAGGAGACCAAGUCCACCGUGUCUGUGAACAUGAGUGACAUUGGGAACAAGCCUCGGGAGGACAAGGACGAGCCAGAGCCUGGCACCAAAGGACGGGGAGACACCUUCGUGCUGCCUGGCACCCCCACGAGGUACCCCGUGGCCGUGGGGUUCCGCAAGGGCCACGACACGGGGGAGCAGGGCCAGAACAACGAGAUGGGGGUGACGGUGCUGAUCAUGGAGCCCAUCCUGCGCUUCCUGCAGCUGCUCUGCGAGAACCACAACCGCGACCUGCAGAACUUCCUGCGGUGCCAGAACAACAAAACCAACUACAACCUGGUGUGUGAGACACUGCAGUUCCUGGACAUCAUGUGUGGCAGCACCACGGGGGGGCUGGGGCUGCUGGGCCUCUACAUCAACGAGUACAACGUGGCCCUCAUCACCCAGACCCUGGAGACCCUGACCGAGUACUGCCAGGGGCCCUGCCACGAGAACCAGAGCUGCAUCGUGACCCACGAGUCCAACGGGAUCGACAUCAUCACUGCUCUGAUCCUGAAUGACAUCAGUCCCCUCUGCAAGUACCGCAUGGACCUGGUCCUGCAGCUGAAGGACAAUGCCUCCAAGCUCCUCUUGGCCCUCAUGGAGAGCAGGCACGACAGCGAAAACGCAGAGCGGAUCCUCAUCAGCCUCCGGCCACAGGAGCUGGUGGAUGUGAUCAAGAAGGCUUACCUGCAGGAGGAGGAGUGUGAGAACGCUGAGGUUUCCCCCCGGGAAGUUGGCCACAACAUUUAUAUCCUGGCGCUGCAGCUCUCCCGACACAACAAGUCUCUGCAGCAGCUCCUGAAGCCGGUGAAGCGAAUCCAGGAGGAGGAGGAGGAAGGCAUCUCAUCCAUGCUCAGCCUCAACAACAAGCAGCUGUCGCAGAUGCUGAAGUCCACGGCCCCAGUGCAGGAGGAAGAGGAGGAUCCACUGGCCUAUUACGAGAAGCACACGUCCCAGAUCGAGAUCGUGCGCCUGGACCGGAGCAUGGAGCAGAUCAUCUUCCCCGUGCCUGGAAUCUGCGAGUUCCUCACCAGGGAGACCAAGUACCGACUGUUCACCACCACGGAGCAGGACGAGCAGGGCAGCAAAGUCAGCGACUUCUUCGACCAGUCGUCCUUCCUGCACAACGAGAUGGAAUGGCAGAAGAAGCUGCGCAGCAUGCCGCUGAUGUACUGGUUCUCCCGCAGAAUGACACUCUGGGGAAGCAUUUCCUUCAACCUGGCUGUCUUCAUCAACAUCAUCAUUGCUUUCUUCUACCCCUAUGUGGAAGCCACUUCCAUGGGAGUGCUGGAUUCCCCCCUGAUCUCCCUGCUCUUCUGGAUCCUGAUCUGCUUCUCCAUCAUGGCCCUGUUCACCAAGCGUUACGGCGUCAGGCCGCUGCUCGUGGCCCUGAUCCUGCGCUCCAUCUACUACCUGGGCAUCGGGCUCACCCUCAACAUCCUGGGGGCCCUCAACCUGACCAACAAGAUUGUGUUCGUGGUGAGCUUCGUGGGCAACCGAGGGACCUUCAUCCGCGGCUACAAGGCCAUGAUCAUGGACGUGGAGUUCCUCUACCAUGUCGGCUACAUCGUGACCAGCGUCCUGGGGCUCUUCGUGCACGAGCUCUUCUACAGCAUCCUGCUGUUUGACUUGAUCUACCGUGAGGAGACCUUGUUUAAUGUCAUCAAAAGUGUGACGCGGAACGGGCGCUCCAUCCUGCUGACAGCCCUGCUGGCUCUCAUCCUCGUCUACCUCUUCUCCAUCGUGGGCUUCCUGUUCCUGAAGGAUGACUUCAUCCUGGAGGUGGAUCGGCUGCCCGACAGCAGCGCCGGAGACGACCCCUUGGGGAUGCAAAGGAGCAUGGAGAGCUUCGUGGAGUCGUGCAGCAGCGACAAAAUUAACUGCUCUGCCGUGCCCACUGCCUUGACAG